AUGGUACAUGAUUUUGUUUCAGUCUCAAAUGAAUGUAUACCUGAAAUUGUUAGAAAAAAUCAACAAGGUCAACAUGAACAACAAUUAGUUGAUCAAACAAUUUCAUCAAAUAGAGAGGAUGAAUUAAUUAUGGAAGUUGAAUCACCAUCAUCAUCAUCCGAUAUUGAUCAAACACCAGAAGAUGUUUUACCACCACCAGGAGAUAUUGUUCCACAAAUUGCUCCAAUACUUAAGAAAAACAAGAUCAUAUUAGAGCCAUGA